AUGGUCUUACCCAAGUGGGGGAAGCUCUUGGAAUCAAAAGGAUUCAAAUUUAGGACGACUGCAAAAUGUGAGUCGCAUAACGAAUAUGUUUUCUUUUCCUUUUGAGGUAUCACCGUGUCAUCAAUAAUCCUAUGAUUUUAUUUUAGGUCAUUCCGCUUAUGAAUUGAUGCACCGGUACGAUGUGAAACUUGAAGACUUCUGCUCAGCCGAUCCUGUUGCUUUCAAAAGUGUGGAAGAUCUGGUCGGAAAUGAGGAUAUUGAAGAACGCCUCAGAUUGGAUGGAUUGUACUCGCUUCAACAUGAAAGAUACAUGAGACAAAUGGAGGAAAUGAAGAAGGAAAUGUCGGCAGAAUUACCGGAAGACCUGGACUACACAAACAUCGAGGUGUUGAACUUGGAAUGUCGAGAGAAAUUGGACUCGCUAAGGCCGUUGAACUUGGCUGCGGCCUCCAGAAUCGAAGGGAUGACACCAGAGGGACUUAUUGCACUUCUCAGAUAUGUGAAAAGCAAUAAGCAGAGAGCUAGGGAAUGA